AUGGGUUUCCAUGCGGCGCGUCUGACCAUGGCCGAGAUGCUGAAGACGGGCACAACCUGUUUCCUUGACCCCAUGUUGACCUACCGCGCCGGCUAUGAUCAGAUCUAUAUGGCUGUCGGUGAAAUGGGCAUUAGGGGCUGUCUUGGAAAACUGGUCAAGUUCACCGAAACGAAUCGCCAACUCUCAAUCACCAACCCGCGAGACCGCGAUCUGCUUGCAAUGUCUAUACCCGCGCUUCUCAAUGCGCACCAAAAACACCAUAAUGGCCACCAGGGCAAGAUUCACGUUUGGGCUGCGGCAGGGACACCUCGAGACAGCGACAUUGACAUUCCGUUGCUAGCGGGCACUCAGACUUCGGUGGCGCACAACCCGACUUCUAAUUUGAAGCUUGCUUCAGUCAACGUUUCUCUGGGAACAGACGGUGCGCCCUGCGCUAAUCAUUAUGACAUGUUUCAAGAAAUGCAUUUGGCGGGAAUUCUUCACAAGGGCGUCAACCACGACGCGAGUCUCAUUCCGGCAGAGGUGGCAUUGGAAAUGGCCACCAUCAAUGGAGCGAUAGCGCUGGGAUUGGAAGAUGAUAUCGGAAUUCUUGAAGUGGGAAAGAAGGGUGACUUUGUUGUGAUAGAUCCCUAUGGGCGGGGUGGACUUGGGGCCGCUCCUUGGAGCGACGACAGUUUUGAUCACGCAGUAAGUCCGGUCACUACAAUUGUCCACGGAUGUACCGGUCGCGAUGUAGACAUGACAGUGGUAAAUGGAGAUAUACUGGUAGAAAAUGGCAAGUUGGCGAUUGGAGGACGAGAAAAAGAGAUGGAGAUUGUUCGCAUGGCGCAAGUAUCUGUCAAGGCUCUGUUGGAGCGGUGUAACGCAGGCCGUAAUGAUGAUGCCAAAGUGGGAGCAAAUCUGGUGCAGUCGUGGCCAUUGAUUUGA